AUGCACUUCCUAAAUAAUUCUUUUGAAAAAAAUAAUUUUAAAUUAGAGUUUAGAAAACAAUUAGAAGAAAAAAUAAAUGUAUAUAUAAAAAGUGGGAUUAUAGCAAAUGAACUAUUAUCAGAAGAAAAAAAACAUAUUUUUAAGAAUAUUCAAAUAAAAAUUAACAAAGAAUUAAUCAAAAAUUAUAAUGAAAAGUUUCUUUUAGAUAUACUGAAUAUUAAUAGUAGUAAAUUAAAAUUAUGUUAUGAAGUAAAAUAUAAUAUUAUACAUAGUAUUUUAUUAAAAAAAAAAUAUAUAAAAAAUAAUAUUAAUAAAGAUGAGAAAGCUAUUAAUAAUAUAUAUAAAAUAAAAAAAAAAAAUAUAUCCUAUUUUGUGAAUGAAUUUCUUAUAAUCAAAUGCAUACACUCAGGAGAAUAUGGAAAUAUAUACUACUGUAAAAAUGUUUUAGAAAAUAAAAAAUGUUGUAUGAAAAUUUUUUAUUUAGAAUUAUGUUUAAAAAAAAAUUGCCCUUACUAUAUUAACAAUGAAGUAUAUUUGACUAAUUAUUUUCAUAAAAUAUUGAAUGAAAUUUUUUUCUUAAAUUAUUUAAAUCAUAACAACAUAAUUAAGAUUAAAAAUAUAUUUUUUGAUGAAAAAAAAAAAAUUUUAUUUAUUGUUUUUCCUUAUGUGAAAUAUCAAUCUAUGCAUUAUAAAAAAAAGUAUGGUGUUUAUUCUAUUUAUAAUAAAGUAACAAAAGUAGACAAAUAUAUAAAAAUCUUUUUAUAUUCAGAAAAAUUUAUUCGUUCAUUAUUUUUAAAUAUUUAUAAUACUCUUACUUAUUUAUUAGAAAAAAAUGUAGCAUACUUAGAUUUAAAGCCAGAUAAUAUACUUUUAACUACAAGACUAAAAAAUGAAAUUAUUCCUUUUUCAUUGAAAUUAAAAAAAAAAAAAAAAAAAAGAAAUAUUAAAGACAAUUCGUUAGAAAAAAAUAUAGAAUUACCAAAAUUAGAGUUAAAUAUUUAUAAAAAGUUAAACAAAAAUCAAAAUAAGUAUGAUAAAAAAAGUUUUUAUAAUAACAAAAUUUUUUCUAGAAAAAAAAAAGAAAAGAAAAGAAAAAAUUAUUUUUGCUUCUUUAAAAAAUUAAGUUUAAAAAAAUUGAAAAAUAAAAAUAUUAAAUACAUAUAUAAUAUUAAUUUACCUACAUGUUUUGCAUAUGAUAAAAAUGUAAAAAGAAUUUUUUUUAAAGAAAACAAGUUAGAUGAUAUUUUUUUUUCAUCUAAUGAUUCUAAUGUAUUUAUACAAAUGUUUAUUCAAAAAAGAGAAAAUUAUAAUAUUCUGAAUUUGAGUAAAGAUUCAAAAUAUAAAAAAAACAAAGGAGAUAUAGUUAAGAGAAUUAAAAAAGAUAAAAUUCGUUUAAAUAAAUACAACAUAAACAAAAUAAGAAAUUUAUCUAUUUUUAAAUAUAAAAAAAAAAAAAACAUGAAUUUUUUAAAGUUUUAUUGGUUAUAUUUUAAUGAGGAGAAAAUGUUUAAUGAUUUUUUAUUAUAUGUAGAUAUAUAUUUUAUAAAUAAAUAUUUCUGUAAAAAAAUAAUUAAAAAAAAUAAUAUAUUAGUAAUUAAUAAAAAUCAAAAACAAAAAAUAAAUAAUGAAAUGAAUAAUCAACAAACUGAAAAUAUACUAAAUAAUGAAAAUAGUCAAAGAAAAAUAAGUAAUUAUUAUAAUAGAAGAGAGAUACAUAAAGAAGACAAGGAAAGGAAAUAUAAUUUUUCUAAUGAUGAAAUUAAUAAAAUUAAUAUCAUGAGAUUGAUAGAUUUUGAUACAUGUGCUUUUAUUCUAAAGAAUAAUAAUUCAUAUACUGUAGGAACAAAUAUUUUUAAUUCAUUUGAGUGUUUAUUUAAUUUUACUAAUAAAAACAUUCAAUUUUCAAAAAAGUUAUCAUAUAACUUUGGUUCUGUUUUAUAUGCAUUCCUAUUUGGAAGAACACCUUAUUAUGGAGAUGAUAUAUUUGAAAUAUACAACAACAUGAAAAAAAAUAAGUUAGUAUUUCCAAAAUAUAGAAAAAUAAAUAAAAUUUUAAAAAAUUUAUUAAGGAAGUUACUAAAUAAUAAUCCUGAUAAUAGAAUACAAUUCAGAAUCAUAAAACAACAUAAAUGGUUUACAAAUAUUGAAUAA